AUGUUUUAUCCCCUGGAACUGCCACGGCCACGCAAAGCUCUCUAUGGGGAGUAUGGAAAGAAACUUGGACAGAUCAGGGCGCAGCACGAGCCACAGGGUUCGGCGGGUAAACUAUGGCGUCUCCUUCUUCCAUAUCUCAAGGAGUACACGGCGACCUCCUCGGUGCAUGGCAUACGAUAUCUGGCCGAUCCGAAGCUGAAAUACUUUGAGAGGAUAAUUUGGCUGCUGAUUCUGGUGGCCACCAGCAUAGGUGCCAGCAUUGUGUACGUAGAUCUCAGUGAGCUCUACCAGUCGAUGCGUAUUCAGACCACCAUCAAGAACACCAUGUAUCCGAUAUUCGCGGCGCCCUUUCCCGCUGUUGGGAUCUGUCCGCGCAACCGCAUAAAUUGGAUAAAGUUGGAGAACGAGGCUCCGUAUCACUUCCUGGGUCCCAACAUCUCUGCCGCAGAAAAGGAGCUCUUCGUUCGCUUCUUUACGUCUGCCGCCGACUCGCACUUGACUCGCUUGACAGAGAUGUCGAGCUUUUUCAACAAUGCCCCGCUAGCUGCUAACUUGACCCUGCUGGACGUCUUAGAUGUGGCAACAGUCAUUGAAUAUGUCCUGCUGAAGUGCAGUGAUUUCUUUUCCGCCUGCCUCUGGCGGGGCAACCCGCAGAACUGUUGUGAGAUUUUUGAGUUGCAGUUCACAGAGUCGGGCUCCUGUUGGGUUUUCAAUUCACUGAUCAGUCCAGCAAGGCGACAGAAAGAGAAGGAUAACAAGUACUAUCCCCGUCGCACACCACAGUAUGGUGAGGGCUCUGGCUUGGAUGUUUUCCUGCGACUCAGGAACUCCUCUCUUAUUCGGCCCAACAAACGGGGCGUAUACGUGAUGAUCAAGCAACCGCAGCAGUGGAGCGAUGUCGUGCGCCAUGUCCCACACGGGGCGCAAACCCAGAUCAGCAUGGUGCCCCGCAUCACAACCACGGAUCAGCGAACCCGAGCCUUGACGCCCAGAGCCAGACGCUGCAUCUUUCCGGAUGAGGUUACCCAUCCUCAGUACAAGAAUCUGCCGGGUUUUGAGUACUGGGUGGGAAACUGUCGCAGCAAGUGUCACCAGGAACAUGUCAUCAAUCUGUGCAAGUGCUCGCCAUCUGUUUUCUUUCCGGUAACCGAUAAGGAUAACUUUACUGUCUGCAGGCCAUCGGACUUUAAGUGUCUCCACGAUAACAGACUCACUUUUAGCGUGGAGCGCCAUCCCCAGGAGGAUGAGUACGUGGACAAUCUGUACAAGGAGAGCAUGAUCUGUAACUGCUUCAUAAGUUGCACUCAGCUAAUCUUCGAUCGAGUAUUUAGUAGCAGCACCUUAGAUAAUAACGACACCCACACAGAGUUGGGUACCAUUCGCCUGGACAUUUUCUAUCAGUCGGGAUGGUUCAUCCAGUACCACACCAAUAUGCGUUUUACCUUUGUGGAAUUGCUGGCUAGUUUCGGUGGCAUAAUUGGCCUCUUCCUGGGCGCCUCACUGCUCAGUGCCUUUGAGCUGGUAUACUUCUUCACCAUUGGCCUCUAUUUAUAUUUGCAUGGGGAGAGGAAACUGUCCUUCCAGCCACGCCCACUCCAACCAGCAGUAAUUACUAUACCCUUUGGACAGAGAAAGAUUACUCCAGCUAAGUAUAUACGUUGACGGGACUAUAGGUAUAAUAUGAGCAUCUA